UUGCUUUGGUCUCCGUGUGUUUCGUUACAGAAGCAGGUCUGGCUUCUCCUUGUGCUCUGCGCAGUCCUUGUAUAUCAUGCUCUACUUCAGCGUUGGAGCCAGUUGCCACCAGAGGCUUGACCAUCCGGUCGAGGAUCAGGGAUCUCGUGCAUCUAUCUUCCCGGGGAUUAUGAUUUGAGUCACUAUUGUCAUACAGCAUGAGUUUGGAGAAGAUACGUGGAAGUUCUCAAUCGGAGCGAACAGAAUCUUCUGCUAAACCGUAUCUGUAGUCAACAGGUUAGAAGACGAAGCUGAGGUCAUGCUACAACAUACUGGGCUCUUGCAGCAGUUUGGCAGGCAGCUUGGACAUCUGAAGUGAAUUAUCUGCCCAUCCAGAGCAGAAUGUCCAGAACUGUCAUUCUUAGCGUGGUAGUCGGAGUGUUCAUAAUAAUCGCGUGCUUAUCUAUGGCCCUUGAUUGGUGGGGUAGGCGAGAUCUCAGGCGAAUGGCGCAGUCUCAGGUUCAGGGUCAGGUUCAGCCUCAGGCCAUGGGCAAUCAUGAACAAUUGGAUCACGGUCAAUUGAACCAUGUACAAUUGGAUCAAGAUCAAUUAAAUCAUGAUCAAUUGGAUCACGAUCAAUUAAACCAUGAACAAUUGGAUCAAGAUCAAUUAAAUCAUGAUCAAUUGGAUCACGUUCAGUUAAAUCAUGAACAAUUGGAUCAAGUUCAAUUCAAUCAUGAACAGUUGGAUCACGAUCGAUUAAAUCAUGAACAAUUGGAUCACGAUCAAUUAAAUCAUGAACAAUUGGAUCAAGAUCAAUUAGAUCGUGAUCACAUACCGAAUGGUCAAAUGGAUGAAGUCGAUUGAUAUCCAUCCUAGAACGAUGAUCGGGGAUGCAUGAGAUAUGGAUACUUCAAUAAACUAUGUGCAACUGAUGAAGCAACUGCAGUCGAAUAGGAAGGUGGACGUCAUGACGUCGUUCCUUGCUGCUUCAACUCCAUUUCAACCUGCGUUCAUUCGCAAGUCCAUCCAGAUGAUGAUGAAGGUCCAGGCGACUUGAAGAAACACCCAAGGAUCAGACAGAAAUCAAGAUGAGGCAGAAGCAGGUACCCAUAGAACCUCUGCCUUCGAUUCCACAAGUCCAGGAGCCGUUGAGUCUGAAAGAUAAUGAGUGAAAGCACGAUCGAGUGUGCGUGUGUGUGACAGGUUCUGAUCGACUUUCUUCAACUCUCCCUUCGGAUCUUGAGUUGACAGGAGUUGGAGCUGCCGCUCAGAUCCUCACUCGAAAUCGAGUGAUCAUCGAGUUUUUCGACGUUGUCAUAUCUGACUCCAUCAGUGUUCAAAAUGCACGCACGUUGCGAUUCACAGCGCCGGCCAGUAGUUUGGAGUCCCAGCUAGAUGGCAGUUCAAACAGAGGAAACGAAUCUGUGACUCAUCUAACUGACGGUUCGAAGCCUAGCGGAUAGAUUAACUUUCAAUGCAUUUUCUCAACGUCCAUGUCGUUGAACCAAGUUCUGCCUGCAUUUGCGCCCGUCGAGUUCCAAUUCUGAAUUGGACCGGAUCUUCGUGGUUCUUCGAAUGGCCUGUCGUCUAGAAUGAUGAUGUGAUGGAUAUUGUUCGUGAGGUUCCGGAGCAGAAUUAAUGAUUUCCGAUUCUUUAGAAUCUGAAGCCUAGCUUCUAAGAGAUGUACUGAGACAUUUCAUUUUUUAUAAAUGAAAUGGUAUUGAAACCCCUAUUGCUCCUUGGAGUC